GCGAGCGCGGGGAGCCCGCCCGCGGCGUCGGGGGCGGAGGACGGGCGGAGAGGCCCGCGCACGGCCGCCAUGUGAGCGGCGCUGCGGCUCGGCCCCAACUUCCCGGCGCGCCGGCGCCCCUUCCCGCCCGGCCGCCCGGCGCCGCUCGGCGAGGAGACACCCUAAAGAAGUAAACAGGUCAUGGCACGUUUAACAAAAAGGCGACAGGCGGAUACAAAGGCUAUCCAGCAUCUCUGGGCUGCCAUUGAGAUCAUACGGAACCAGAAGCAAAUCGCCAACAUUGACCGCAUAACCAAGUAUAUGUCUCGAGUCCAUGGUAUGCACCCCAAAGAGACCACACGUCAGCUGAGCUUAGCUGUGAAAGAUGGUCUUAUUGUGGAAACCCUCACAGUAGGCUGCAAAGGUUCAAAAGCUGGUAUUGAGCAAGAAGGAUAUUGGUUGCCAGGAGAUGAGAUUGCCUACAGUAUGCAGCCUUUCUCCAGGACAGCAGCCCCAAACAAGGACUGGGAAACAGAAAAUCAUGACUGGUAUUGUUUUGAAUGCCAUUUGCCUGGAGAGGUGUUGAUAUGUGACCUGUGUUUUCGUGUGUAUCAUUCCAAGUGUUUGUCUGAUGAGUACAGGCUUAGAGACAGCAGUAGUCACUGGCAGUGCCCAGUUUGCAGGAGCAUCAAGAAGAAAAAUACCAACAAACAGGAGAUGAGCACUUACCUGCGGUUUAUUGUCUCCCGCAUGAAGGAGAGGGCCAUUGAUCUUAAUAAAAAGGGGAAGGACAGCAAGCACCCAAUGUACAGAAGACUGGUCCACUCUGCGGUGGAUGUCCCCACUAUACAGGAGAAAGUGAAUGAAGGGAAAUACCGAAGUUAUGAAGAGUUCAAGGCCGACGCCCAGCUGCUUCUCCACAACACAGUGAUUUUCUACGGAGCAGACAGCGAGCAGGCGGACAUGGCAAGGAUGCUGUAUAAAGACACGUGUCACGAGCUGGAUGAACUGCAGUUGUGCAAGAACUGCUUCUACUUGUCCAAUGCGCGCCCCGACAACUGGUUUUGCUAUCCUUGUAUACCUAAUCAUGAGUUGGUUUGGGCUAAAAUGAAGGGCUUUGGGUUCUGGCCAGCCAAAGUCAUGCAGAAAGAGGACAAUCAGGUCGACGUGCGCUUCUUUGGUCAUCAUCACCAAAGAGCCUGGAUCCCCUCAGAGAACAUUCAGGACAUUACAGUCAACGUGCACCGGCUGCACGUGAAGCGCAGCAUGGGCUGGAAAAAGGCCUGUGACGAGCUGGAGCUGCACCAGCGUUUCCUUCGAGAAGGAAGAUUCUGGAAGUCCAAGAAUGAGGACCGAGGGGAGGAGGAAGCCGAAUCUAGCAUCUCCUCCACUAGCAAUGAGCAGCUGAAGGUCACUCAAGAGCCAAGAGCAAAGAAAGGAAGACGUAAUCAGAGUGUGGAACCCAAAAAAGAGGAACCAGAGCCCGAAACUGAAGCAGUGAGUUCUAGCCAGGAAAUCCCCACCAUGCCUCAGCCCAUCGAAAAAGUCUCGGUGUCAACUCAGACCAAGAAGUUAAGUGCCUCUUCACCAAGAAUGCUGCAUCGAAGCACCCAGACCACCAGUGACGGAGUGUGUCAAAGCAUGUGCCACGACAAAUACACCAAAAUUUUCAAUGACUUUAAAGACCGGAUGAAGUCUGAUCACAAGCGAGAAACUGAGAGGGUUGUCAGAGAAGCUCUAGAAAAGCUGCGUUCUGAAAUGGAAGAAGAAAAAAGACAAGCUGUAAAUAAAGCUAUAGCCAACAUGCAGGGUGAGAUGGACAGAAAAUGCAAGCAGGUAAAGGAGAAGUGCAAAGAAGAAUUUGUAGAAGAGAUCAAGAAGCUAGCAACACAGCACAAACAGCUGAUCUCUCAGACCAAGAAGAAGCAGUGGUGCUAUAACUGCGAGGAGGAGGCCAUGUACCACUGCUGCUGGAACACGUCCUACUGCUCCAUCAAGUGCCAGCAGGAGCACUGGCAUGCUGAACACAAGCGCACCUGUCGCCGGAAAAGAUGAAGGCUGGCUGCUGCUUCCUGAGAGUUGCCGACAAUUCCUCUGCUCAGACACAGCGGUUUUUCUUUCCAAGAAGCCAAAUUGUUUAGAAGUCGCUUCCCAUUUUGCACCAGCCUUUAAACACUUUUCGUGAAGAAAUUUUGCACAGUAGUUUAAAUCUUUUUGUUAAUGCUCCUCUGGAGUUUUUCAGGGGGUCAAUGUAACAUCAGUGGAGGGUAUUAUUUUAAAUGAAUUUUAAUUGAGAAUUUGUUGCAUUUUCAGCAAAUUUUAAAACAUUUUUAGGUUUUACAGAGAUUUUAACCUUUAAACAACAGAUCUUUAAAAACCGAUAGGUGAGUACAAGUGGGUUUAACACAGAAACAUCAGCGUGGAUCUGAAUGUAGGAGGAGCUCCUGAAUUGUGUUGGAAUAAAACUACCUGGAUGUGAAAUGUGUUUCUUAUCCUGGCUGAGCUGGUGUGUUCAGCUGCUGUCACUGUCUCGGCAUUAUCUGUGGUCAUGCCAGUGGGUGUAUGAGUGAAUUUAGGGAACAGGGUUGACACAGCAGGUGCUAGUCCUGCAUAUUUUUUCUUAAAUAUUUCCCAAUUGUGUUUUUCAUUAUUUCUUUUCAAUAUAUAACUUUUAUAACAAAUUACUAGCUUUGAUCUUGUAGUUUAAAAUUGCAGGGAACUGGGGUAAUCUUUUACUGAGCUGGAUCUUAGAGAAAAUGAAUAUUUAAAUUUUAAAGUUUGCACAUUUCAUCUUUGUCCUAACAAGAGUGCUUAUAACAAAAUAAAACAAAAAGCCAAAAACUACCUUUAUGGAUAUGAGGCAGACGAAGUCUUUAAUGCUUCCCUUCCCUCCCAAGUGUCAUCUGAUGGCCUGUUUUCUGGUGUCACCUCAUAGACUACAUUAAUACAAAAAGGAAAAACAAAAAAGCACUUACGUUUCCCGGGAGCCGCCAUGUUCGUAGUGCUGGGCCGCUGCCCACUGAUGAAUCCCAUCACUGUACACAGAAUGAAGAAAAAUGCAUGUUAAUAUACUUGUAUCAAAGAUGCCGUGAUUUGUAAAAAGUCUGUAUUUUGCGGAAUGUCUGGAUUAAGAAACAUUACCCAAUAGGAAUGGAUCGACAGUUGAAUAAUGAUUUUUAUACACAGAUAUAUAAAAUAGCCAGGACAACUUAAAUUACUUUAAAAAAAAAUUGUUUUCAAAGACUGAUGUUAGACCAAGUCCAAUUCCCAUUUCUGAUUUAGUUUUUUUUUUAAAGGCUAGAAGUCCUUUGUAAAUAUUUAUUUAGACCUUCGAUAUUUAUUAAAGCUGUCACACAACAGAAGUGGGAAAAUCAGGAGAAAAACCUUUAAAAAGUUUUCUCCCAGUUUGUCAGGGACACGCUAAAAAGACGGAAUGCAGUUCUUCUGUGACAUGACUGUCACACACACUGCAGUGCCACGAGUCAAGGGACUGGCCGAGGCCAUGGACACGGUGCCAGGCCCAGCCCGGCCCCGUGGCUGAGCGAUGAGUUAGUGGGCUGUCAGACUGACGGUGUAACCAGGAAUGCUGACCUUCUCUGAUUGCUUUUCCAAAGUUUUAAGACUUCGAUCCAUCCCUAUGCGAGCAAGUUAUUGUGGAAAUAUUUUUUGGUGUAAAAUCAUCCCAGAACAUGUACUGUUUAACUGGUAGCUGCAUGACAGUGAGAUCCGUGUCCCUUUGGCUUUUUUGUCUCCGUUGGCACGGCCGCACAUUUCCAAGUUACUACAGCGUGAACUGUGUGUUUAAAAAAAAAAAAAUACAAAAAAAGAUUGUGGCCUGGUUUUGUAAAAGUUUUAGGUAAAAUUAUAAUGGAUUGUUUUAGGAAUCAUUAUUAAAAAUUUUCUGCAAAUCAAAGCUAUAUCAAGGUGUCGAGCUUAGCCACUAUGCACAUUGUAAUUAUUCAUUGUGGCUGUCCAGUUUUAUGAUGCAUUCUGGCAUUUUGUAAGCUGCUCUGACUAGCAAUAUAUAGAUUCAUUUAAUGUGUUAACAUUGGUUAAUAAAUGUAUUUAAAAAAAAACAAAAA